GUUUGACAGCUUGUGGAAUUAUUAGGAUUAUUAUGAUGAUGAUUAUUAUCAUACUCUCAGGGAACGUUUUUUUCUGUACAAAUACUUUUACUUGUGUUCAAAUUGGACAAUCGAUUUGAUUUUUGUUUUUUAAACAAUUCCUCCUAAAUACAAGGAAGUACACUUCAAAACUGUUAAUGAAAGUUAUCCCUCCAAUGAAUUGAUCAAAGGAAGAUUUGAUCAAUGUAUUUUCACCCAUACAAUAAAAUGUGGAAACAACUGAACAGAAAACUGCGUCCCACUCUAAGGGGCCCUGCGACCAACUCUUGGGUUUGCGACCCACCACUUGAGAACCACUGGUCCAAAGCAACAUCCACUCUUGGUCUGUAGGGGGCAGCAUUACGCUCUAUAGGCCACAGCAGGCCGGAAACUGUGAAGAAGAAGAAAAGCAACAGCCGAAGAAGGAAAGAAGAACAACGUGACAAGUCGAUCCCCUCACAGCCCUCACACAGAGAUGCAGGGAGCUGAGCAGCCUCAUCCUCUGUUUGGAGGAGCACUGUCAGCAGUCAUCCCCCUCACCGCCACAGACAUCAGCGAGCUGAGGGAGAUCCCGGACAGCCAGGAGGUGUUCGCCCACACUCACACCGACCAGAGCCUCAUAGUGGAGCUGGUGGAGUACCAGGCCCAGGUGGCAGACCAGGACUCCGCCAGGUAUCACUUUGAGGACAUCGCAGGCAGCAACAAAGCUCUGGAGGCGGGUGCCUGUGCAGUGAUCAGUGUUGUGGCUCUGCCCAAAUCUGACCUGUCCCUGUCCCAGUGCAGCUCAGCCUGGAUGCUGACGGGGACGCAGAGUGUGUCCAAGUUCAACGAGGAGGCGAGGAACGCGGUGACCCUUCACCUGGGCGUGUUCCGCCUGCCUCAGUUCUCCACAGACGUCCUGAUCACCUUCAAUGACCCGCAGAGCAUCAGCCCUGACAGCAGCAGUGCAGCAGCUCUGGAGACACACAAAGUGCCGUGGAGCUUGCAGGACUUUCAGCGCUUGCUGCAGACUCUGACUCUGCACAACCCCGGGCUGUUUGAAUAGAACCACUGGCAACCUCACCUGAUUACAUUCAGUCUUUCUCUGUGACACCAGUGGGCUGCAUUCAAACCUACCAGGAUGUGCUUAUCCUGGGGCCCCAUGAUGAACAGACCUGUGGGACGAUCUUGAGUCUCAGCCCAGAAGAUUUGAAAGCAGUCCUUCCUCUGCCCUGACACACAUGAAUACACACUCUGUUCCACCUCUGAUGUUUACUUUGUCAUAGAAUGAAAAUGAACAUAUUUUUGUAUCAUAAUCAAUUUUAGAAGUAAUGUUCGGGAUUAUUCCAUUAUUUUUGGAUGGCCUGAGUUAGGCUUAUUCAUAAGUUAAAUGUGUUUCAUAAUUACCUGCAGUGUGGAGGUCUUAUAACGUUUUUCAAGACAUUUCUGAGAGAAAAGUAAGAUUUGAGACAAAUAUCAGACAGGCAGAUGCAGAUUCUCCACUUUUGUUUCCCAACACUUGAGAUAAAAUGAUAUGUACCUUUUAUUGAUCCUCCGUAGAGGAAAUUCACACUCGACACAGCAGCACAAGGAAGUAGCACAGCAGAGGGGAAAUGUAGUAAGAAUAAAAAUUGAAAAUAUGAAAAUAAAUACAAACCUGUUCUUCUAAAUGUGCCA